CUAAUUUCCUUUUAGUCAUUUCAUUAUUUUCGGGAUAUUUUUGUCUUAGUAGAAUUCCAUUGCCAUGAUUUCUUUUUGUAUUUUAGACAUAGUUUAAAUUAAAGAGUAAUUUAAGAAAUUAGAUUUCUAAUACAGGACAAUGGUUGUUAUACAAGAUAAUAAAAUGGAUAUCGAAGUUAUAGGUGACCAAGAAAUGGGCCUUGAUAAGCCUCCUAAAUUAGGCCUAAAAUUAUUUUUAAAUCAUAAGUUUCCUCUUAAAAGUAAACAAAAUAUUGUACUGAGACCCAAGCAAAUGUUUGAAAUGAUGCCGCUUUCAGCAAGGUAUCUAAAAUAUUAUGUAGGAAAAAGAAUGCAAAAGAAACGUCCAAUAAUGGAUUAUGUAAAUAUGAUAUCAGCACAAAGGAUGUAUGGUUGUCCCAUUGGAGGUAUAGGAGGUGGUACAAUUGGCAGAGGGUUCAAAGGUGAAUUUUGUCGGUUCCAACUGUUCCCUGGUAUAUAUGAAUAUGUAACAGUACCAGAAUGUCAGUUUAUUGUUAACAUAAGAAAUGCCAAAAAUGAAACAAUAUAUCAAUCAGUUUUAUCAACUUAUAAAAAACCAAAAAAGGCACCUGCAAGUUGGGAGUGGAAUCUAAAAGGUUCUGAUUGUGAGUACACAGCCCUGUACCCUCGUGCUUGGACAACAUAUGACUUAUCUAAAUAUGGAAUUAAAUUAGUCUGCAGACAAAUAUCACCUGUGAUACCUCAUAAUUAUAAGGAUAGCAGUUUACCAUGUGCAGUAUUUGUGUUUUCUGCGACCAAUGUGAGCGAGGAUCAUCGUGAUGUUAGUAUUACAUUUACAUGGACUGAAGUGUUAGCUGGUCCAUACAAAAAGAAGAAUAUUGGUAAGCUAGAUUUAGAAAGAUAUUCAGAGGAAUAUAGUUGUGGUGUAACAUUGGAACAGAAGAUAGCUGAGAAUACGUGCGCUUUUACCAUCGCAAAACGAAAAUGUGAGAACGAAUCCAUUCACCAGGGUUACUGUUUGUGGAAUUCUUCUAAAACUUCCUCAUUUGUAUGGGAUUGUUUGAAAAAGAAUGGAAAACUACAACCCGAUUCGAGUCUCACUCCUCCACCUCCAAAUUUACCCGAUAAAAAAACAGAAGCCGAGAAUAAAAAUAAAAAGAAAGAAAAACCAGCGAAAAUUUAUAAAUGUGAUUCUAUAGGGCUCUCUAGUUGUAUAAGUCUGGACCCCGGGGGAACGGGGUCUACGGAGUUCGCACUCGUUUGGGACAUGCCUAUCAUAAAGUACAAAAAUGAUAAGAAAACACAUAAAAGGUAUUACACAAAGUACUUUGGCAGUGACGCCAUAGCCGGGGCCAGUAUAGCUGCUUACGCGUUAAGAAAUUAUGAAAACUGGGAAAAACAAAUUGUUGAAUGGCAGGAUCCGAUUUUGUCAAACAGCAACAUCCCAGACUGGUUGAAAAGUGCCUUAAUGAAUGAGCUUUAUUUUGUCGCUGAUGGUGGAACUAUUUGGUUUGAUGUCCGAGAUGAAUAUCCUGAAACAGAUCCGAGACAUGAAUUUGGUGUGUUCGGAUACUUGGAAGGUCAUGAGUACAGAAUGUACAAUACAUAUGACGUACAUUUCUACGCCUCCUUUGCGAUAGCGCAGCUUUGGCCCAAUUUACAGGUUGUGCUGCAAUAUAUGUUCCGGGAUUCGAUAGCAAUGGAGACUGUUAAAUGCAGACAAUCUCUAUAUGAUGGGAAAUCUGUUAAAUUUAAAAUCAAGGACUCCAUUCCGCACGAUUUGGGUGACCCGGAGGGCGCGCCGUUCACCAACAUCAACGCGUACAACAUCCACGACGUGAGCGAGUGGCGCGACCUCAACCUCAAGUUCAUCCUGCAGGUGUGGCGCGACCACCGUCUGCUGCGCGCACACUGUCCGCCCUUCGCCGACGACCGCUGUCGCACAAUGCCCUACAUCGACGACGUGCACGACGCCGACGCCGACGACCUGUACGCGCGAUCCACCGGACAGGCCGACGACCAGAACGCGCGCGUCACCACCCAGGCCGACGAGCAGUACGCGCGCGUCAGCGGACAGGCCGCCUCGCCCUCCGCCCCGCCCCGCCCCCGCAACAUCCUCGACCUGCUGUACAGCGGCGAGCUGCCCGAGGAGGCGGAGGGGGAGGCGCAACCGCAGUCGGAGGCGGGGGGCGGCGGCGCAGUGUGGAAUGCGCGCCUCUACCUCGCGCACAUGUACCCCGCCUGCGCGGCGCUGCUGCGCAAGGCGCGCGCCUGGGACACGGACGGCGAUGGGCUCAUAGAGAACGGCGGCUUCCCCGAUCAGACGUACGACGCUUGGGUCAUGAAGGGACCGAGUGCAUAUUGCGGAGGGCUGUGGGUGGCGGCGGUGAGCGCGGUGUGCUCGAUGUCGCGCACGCUCGGCUUUGAAGAGGACGAAAAGGAGUUCUCCAAACUUUUAGAACAAGCGCGCAAGUCCUACGAGGAGAAGCUGUGGUCGGGUUCCUAUUAUCGUUUCGACGCCCGCCCCUGCAACCGCAAUGUGGUAAUGGCGGAUCAAUUGGCGGGACAUUGGUACCUUCGUGCGUCCGGUUGUGCGGAGCAAGUGUUCCCAGAGGCUAACGUGAGGAAAGCUCUGCAGACGAUAUACGACAAUAACGUACUGAAAUUCGCGGGGGGCAAGUUGGGCGCCGUCAACGGGUACGUGGUGGGUGCGGGGGGUGCAGCGGCGGGUGCGGGGGGUGCGGGGGGCGGUCACGUGGACACUUCUGCGCUGCAGAGCGAGGAGGCGUGGACCGGCGUCACAUACGGACUCGCCGCGCUCAUGAUAUACGAAGGUAUGAACGAGCAAGCGUUCGCGACUGCAGGCGGUAUGUAUAACACAAUGUCACAAAUGGGCCUGACCUUUGAGACACCGGAGGCUCUAUACGAGAAUGGUAACCAUCGCUCUAUCGCGUACAUGCGACCUCUCUCGAUAUGGGCCAUGUACCAGGCGAUUACUGCCUUGCCUCAGUCGCCCGUCUCUCUGCCCAAUGGCCAACCGCCUCAUGCCAAACUUAACAAUCAUUUAUAAUAUUUAUUCAAUAUUUAUUAACAAAUAUUUAAUAAUACAAAUUCAUACUAAAAUGUGGUUGACUAAAGCUACACACCCUUAAUUUGGUUUGGUUCCGAGCUCCUUAGUUGGAACAUAAUAUGGAAGUGACGAAGAUGAAUUUUUAACGAUUAAGGUGCGUCGUAUAAUCUAGUCUUAGGCGAUCUACUAAGUAGAUUUUGUUGUCAGGAUUGUAUUUAACGUGUUAUAACACGAGUAUUGCCCGUGGUCCUUAAGUCAACGAGUACUGACUAAUGGCGAUAACGUAAAACGACAAAACUUUUUGAAACUUUUUGCGUUACAUUGCGUUUAUCGUUCAAUAAGGGCAACGGAUCAUGACGAUUAGAGCGAAAAACACGCAACAUGAUUAAAUCUUUCAGUAUUUUUAACCUGAAGUAUAUAAUAUAGGAAUUUAUAAAAUAAUUAAUAUGUAUGCGUGAACUUCGUGCGGUAGAUGAAUUAAACCAGUUGUAUUUGUCGCAACAAA